GCGUUAGCUCAAUCGUCUUCGCUCUCCAAUCGUAUAAACACGAAGGCGAGUUCGCGAAUUCAAUAAACUGUUUCACAGAACAAGAAUUUCCAUUCAAGAAAUGGUUUCAUUAGCAUCUUCUUCACUCUCAUUUCUCUCAAAACCUUCGUUAAUCUUCAACCCCAUUCGCGCCAUUCCUCGUAUUUCAUGUUCGCUUUCAUCCAAUUCCACUCCCAACGCCUCCUCUUCAUCUUCAUUUGAGUUCAACAUCACAUUCGCUCCCCCAAAACCCAAGCCCAAAUCCGAAGUUGAAGACCCUUUUCAGUUCAUCGAUCGAAAUACCGGCGGUCAGCUCUUCAUUCCGUGGAUAGUUCGCGGCGAAGAUGGGAACCUCAAGCUCCAGUCUCAUCCGCCUACACGGUUCCUUCAUUCCAUGUCGGAGGAUGAAACCAAACCCAAGAAGAAGAAGGUUUCUGCUGGUAAACCCAUAACCGAACCCCCUAAGCAUUCGAAGGCUGCGCGAAGGUUUUAUAAUGAGAACAUUAGGGAGUCGUCGCAACGUCUCAGUAAAGUUCUUGCUGCCGCUGGAGUGGCAUCAAGACGGAGUAGUGAAGAGCUUAUAUUUGGAGGCCGCGUUACUGUUAAUGGUUCUGUUUGCAAUACUCCUCAGACUCGGGUGGAUCCUGCAAGAGACAUUAUUUACGUGAAUGGAAAUAGGCUUCCUAAGAAACUACCACCAAAAGUUUAUCUAGCUCUGAACAAGCCAAAAGGGUAUAUUUGUUCAUCUGGGAAAAAAGAGUCAAAGUCUGUGAUAAGUCUAUUUGAUGAUUAUUUGAAGAGUUGGGAUAAAACAUAUCCAGGGCAACCCAAACCACGGCUCUUUACAGUUGGCAGACUUGAUGUUGCAACGACUGGGUUGAUUAUAGUGACAAAUGAUGGAGAUUUUGCUCAAAGUAUCUCACAUCCUUCAUCUGGUUUAUCGAAGGAAUACAUUGCAGCAAUAGAUGGCGAUGUUAGUAAGCAGAACCUGAUAGCAAUUAGUGAGGGAACAACAAUUGAUGGUGUCCAUUGCACACCGGAUUCUGUGGAGUUGCUACCACGGCAGCCAGAUAUAUCAAGGCCUCGUCUGCGUAUCGUGGUACAUGAAGGAAGGAACCAUGAAGUUAGGGAACUUGUAAAAGCUGCUGGUCUAGAGAUCUAUUCAUUAAAGCGUGUAAGGAUCGGUGGCUACAGACUUCCAUCAGAUUUGGGGCUUGGAAGUUACACUGAACUAAAGCAAAGUGACCUGAAGGCAAUUGGUUGGAAAAGUUGAGUUUCUGAUGAUUUCAGAGUCGUCCAUAGUUGUUGAAGCUUGAAUGUGGUAGGAAUGAUUUCAGACAUACCACAUGGAAGCCGAGUACUACUUCUCUAACUGCUGGGACAGUAUCGACAUUUGAAGAGGUUGGAUGCUGUUUAUUCCAGCUCACGCUUCACACCAUGGCCACUGAUUAUUUAGAAUUAUGCUUGAGUUGAAGAUUUCAAUCAACAACAUUGAAGGUGCAGGUUGUCGACCAUCAAAUUUUAUAGAUAAUACGAAUGACGUGCGAUACCAUUCUAUUAUCCAAUUAUUCUCAUCUCAUUGUGUAUUAUACUGAACAGUAAAGGAACAUACAGGUAGUUGCAAUGAUGCUUUUUCUCUCACCUCACUGAAAGCGAGUGUGGGAGGGUAUUCUAACACCCGGCCUUAAUCUUGUAUUCAUUACUCAUAUAUGACUUCACAUUUAAUUAUAUUCUUUUCUCAA